AUGAAUGGAAAACAAUUUAUGCCACUCUUAGCAUCCGGUAGCACUCGAGAAGCCGUUAGAAAUUCACGACCGAACAAUUUCAACAGAUGGAGUUGCGGAGAGUACCAGUUCGCCUGUUCAAACGGGGAUUGCAUCGCGAGCGAAUUGCUGUGCGACGGAAGAGCCGACUGUUCGGAUCAGAGCGACGAGACCCAGGUGGAAUGCUCAAAACCGGAGCUGACCUGUCCGGAUUUCGCGUUCCGGUGCACUUACGGGGCCUGCGUCGACGGAGACGCGGCCUGCAACGGCGUCAAGGACUGCAUCGACAACAGCGACGAGGCACUGACGAGGUGUCCAGGUAUUUCGGCGGCUGUCCCUCAGGCGAGGUGCGGUCUUGAGGACUUCCGGUGCACUAAUGGACAAUGCGUUAACUCGACGUCUCUCUGCGACGGGACCGUCGACUGCGCCGAUCGGAGUGACGAAACUGCCCUCGCCUGCGGAUCCUUUCCCUGCAGCCAGUUGGUAUUCCGGUGUAAUUACGGCGCCUGCAUCGACGGCGACCGCACCUGCAACGGAGUCCGCGAUUGUGCCGACGGCUCGGACGAAGAUCUCCUGCGAUGCGGCGGUCCAACCACUCCGGAAACCGUUACUCCCUGGACACCGACGCCGACGCGACCGCGGACCGGUACGGGGUCGUCCCGGGUGUUUCCGGCGAGGUCAUCGUCUUGCGAGAUCCCGCCGCAGCCAAGUAACGGCCACUGGAAGCUCCAUCGAUCACAAUGCAACGACGAGCUGAACUGUCCCAACCCUCAAAAUGGUGAGCUGGAUCCUGGUACCCGCCUGCAAUACACCUGCGAUCCAAACUUCAAGGCAAACGGAAGAACCGAAGUCUACUGCGAAUCUACGGGAAGGUGGUCGGAAAUACCCGUCUGUGUUGAAAUCACCUGCAAAUCCUUGGAAUCUGUUUCGAUGAUAACGAGUUGCGAACGAUCGAAUGAUUGGUCAGCAUGUGGCUCUUCAGUGCGACCAAACACCACGGCCGAACUCGUGUGUCGCGCUGGUUACAAGAAGGAUUCAAGUCUUCUGGAUUCCGGCAGCAAAACUGUGACAUGUAAUACGCAUGGCGAAUGGGAGCCAAGACCGAUAACCUGCGUCUCAAAGUGCGGAAUGACGAAUAUCCGGCUGACACCGACCAUACUGAAUGGAAAAUCCGCCGACGUCUCAGAAUUUCCGUGGCACGCGUCGCUGUACAAACAGAGUAACAAUUCGCUGGGUACCAAAGAGUUCAAGUGCGGCGCAACGAUAGUUCGGACCAACAUCCUGCUGACCGCCGCCCAUUGCGUUUAUGACGAGAUAUCGAACAUGGUCGAGACUCCCGAAAGCUUUCACGUGGUUACCGGAAACAAAUUCCGAGAUUACGACUCUCCGCUUCACGAUUCACGGGUCGUUCGAAAGGCUGCGGUGAAACGCAUCUACGUCCCUGUCGAAUUUUUGGGCAAUGGCGGUAAUUACGGUUCCGACGUAGCGGUCAUCGAGUUGCGGGAGCCGUUUCAGCUGUCUGACAUCUUGAUGCCGAUUUGUAUGAAUCUUGACGGUCUUAGUCACCAGCUGCUGGAAGCUGGCUCAGUUGGAAGAUUUGCUGGAUAUGGUGGAACGAAUACCGCCUCGUCGAGCGCAACUCUAUUGACUACGAACAUUUCCUACGUGUCUUACAAAACAUGUGGACUGUCCAUGGGUAGCGAGGAGAACAGAAAGUAUCUAACGGUUGACAAGUUUUGCGGGGAAGGCCAAAGCGGAACAGCCGCUUGCCCAGGGGACAGCGGCGGUGGUCUGGUAUUUCAGAGUGCAGGAAAGUGGCACAUUUUGGGAAUUUUGAGUCUCCGUUUGAACAAGAAUACGUUGAACGUAGACAAAACUUGCGACAGCGAAGCUUACGCUCUUUUCACCAGGGUUUACGUUUACUUUUCGUGGAUCAAUCGGCUGAUUUCUCAACCUCCAAGUUCCACCGUUGCGAGGUUUCUGAGAUUCAGGAGAGGAUUAUUUUGGAAACACGGUACAAAUGUCGGUACACACGGUGCAACUUCGUGGAUUUUAUUCUGCGGCCUCUAUGGAAUUGGAACAUACAUGGAGGACGGUACGUACUUUGGUUCAAUUUUCGAAAAAUUUUGUCAACAUCAUUUGAAACAAAGACAAUUCAUUGACAAAAGCUGCUUCAGAUCAACGACUUUCCAACGUCAGCUUCCGCUACUAAUUGUUUCAAACUCUACCAAGCAAGUACAACACUUCUGCUUCUCCUCAGUUGAAUUUUGCUAA